CAUGCGCACACACACACACACACACAAGCGCAAAUGACUCUUUCUUACUCCGCCACUGAUGUGAGCUCAGAGAACAGUCUCCCAGGUCACUCACUGCAACACGCAACAACCAAGCAGGGCCACCAAGCUGGGAGCAAACACAUGACUGAGGCUGCUCCGGCCCAUGAUGGCACCUUUGGAAAGGACUCGCUCGGUGCCGGACCUCUAAUGGAUUGUAGCAGCAGCCUGAGUCACAGGUAACAAGCUUCACUACAAGAACUCCAGGACUCGAAGGUAACUUCAUGGUCUGUAUUCGUGUGCUUACUAUGCUUGACUUAGCAAGAUCUUUCAUUUGGCGAGGCCAAAACCGGACAUCACAAUCUUAUGACUAACAGCUAUUUUUUCAGAUUUUGUUGAGAUAAUAAUGAUCCAGGUUCCAAAAGCGUACCGCAAACAGGAAGAGAGAUUGGAUUCGGAGGAAUACGGAGUAGCUUCAAGGUUCAAGAAUAUCUGUCUAUAUCUAAAAUCAAGUUGUGCGCUAAAUCGGUAACAUUGGUCUGGACGGUGCUAAACUAGUCUAUAAAUGAUAGUAAAGAUGGUUUCAAACCUUUAAUAAAUGUGUUGGCUUCCUGAGUUUUUCAGUAUCCGUCAAGUCCUGUUCAGACACUUUCAUUAUUAUUGCUGACAAAAGUAAAACGGCUUCCUUUUUUCACUUCCAUUUUUGGUUGGAAACGAUGUUGAAAUUGCACAUGAGCGGAUUAAAAAAAACAAAGAGUUUUUGCCUUCAGAAAUGAUACUUUUAAAAGACAAAAGAUGACGCUUCUUUCUGUGAACGCGUCACAGAUAAAAAUAGCGAAUACAGCACAUCAGCGGUUGAAAAUGGCUUCAUCGGUUAGUGCUAACCUACAUUUUGAAUUAUUUAACAUCCCUCAGGGUCUGGGACCCUUAAGAUAACAGCUAAUCUUAUUUUUGCAGGAGCUUUAUCUGCGGUGCCUCUGUGUGGAUGCAGUGAACCAGGGCUAUUAUGUGGCAGCUUGAAGGAAAGAAGUUCAGCUUCGUUUUAUGCCUGGGCAUCAGUAUGAUUUCCCUUUCAGUCCUGUACUUCAGGAUAAAGACACAGCCAGACCCUAAACUCCUGAAGACUUCACGUUUCAGGCUCGUCUCCAGUAAAUGCACAGCCUUUCUGCCUGCCACAGAGGAAGGAGUAGAAUGGUACCACCAUGACUGGCAGGUAGAGAGCUACGUUUUGAACAGUGGCUUGCAGUGCUCUGAUUUGAUAAGAGAACUACACUUCAUUACAAGUCCUCUUAGCCAGGAGGAGGAGGACUAUCCCUUAGCGUUCAUUGUAACUAUUCACAAAGACCUGGAGCUUUUUGUGCGCUUGCUACGAGCCAUUUACAUGCCACAAAACAUCUACUGCAUUCAUGUGGACUCCAAGGCGACAAGAGAGUACAAGGCAGCAGUACAGAGGCUGGUUAGCUGCUUUCAAAACGUGUUCCUCUCCAGCCACAGCGAGACAGUCACAUAUGCUGGGUUUUCCCGUCUACAAGCAGACCUCAACUGCAUGCAAGAUUUAGUCAAGUCGAAGGUACGCUGGAAGAAGGUGGUGAACCUGUGUGGUCAGGAUUUCCCCGUCAAGAGCAACAGAGAGCUGGUACAAUACAUGCAGAGUAAACUGUGGAGGGACAGGAACAUGACACCCGGCGUCAAACAACCAGCAUCCAUGUGGCACAGGACACAUCUCCAGCACAUAGAGAUCAAGGGGUCUCACGUAGCUCUGAAAGGACAUAAAAAAGCACCUCCUCCGCACAAUCUGCAAGUGUAUUUUGGAACGGCCUACUACGCGCUCACGAGAGCCUUCGUGGACUUUGUUCUGAAAAGCCAGAUAGCGAGAGAGCUCCUGCAGUGGUCCAAAGACACAUUUAGCCCAGAUGAGCACUACUGGGUGACACUCAACCAUAUCAAAGACGCUCCGGGCAGCUACAUAGAUGGAGGCUGGGAAGGAGAAAUCCGUGCAAUCAAAUGGAGGGAUCAAGAGGGAAGAAAGCACAAUGGCUGCAAAGGGCAUUAUGUACGAGACAUCUGCGUUUAUGGAACAGAAGACGUGCAAUGGAUCAUCAAUCUGAACAGCAUGUUUGCCAAUAAGUUUGAGAGUCGCACCUACCCAGAGGCACUGGAUUGUCUGGAGCUGUGGCAUAGAAACAAGGUGCUGAGCCAGGCAACGGUUCCCAGAGACUCAUCAUGGCUGCUUGUUACACAGAGGAAAUCAAGCCACAGCAACAGCAGCUACCUCACCAGCAGUGCUGAAACAUAAGCGCUGCUGAUGUACCAAGCAGAUUUGUGCUACGGUUCAGACCAUGUGCCAAAAGGGAAGCAAAGAGACAAAGCACUGCCCACUUCCAGACUCUGUUCAUUGCUGCCGUUUACAGAUGUAUUUGUCUAUUUAUUAAAUAUUUAAGUAAUAAUAUUAUUGUAAUAUUUAAGACAUAUUUAAAAUAAAGCACAUUUCAUGUAAUA